GAGCCGGGCUCGCCGGCCUCGGGGCGGAGCGCGGCCCAGGCGCCCGAGUGGCACCGCGGGCGCCGCCCACAGUGCUCCCCGGCCCGGCCGAGAGAGGCGGCGCGGCUCCCGCGCCAUGAGGCGGCUGCUGGCUCUGAGCUUGCUGGGGCUAGCGCUGGCGCUCCUGGGCGAGAGGCUCCUGGCGCUCAGGAAUCGACUUAAAGCCUCUGGAGAAGUAGAAUCCGUAGAACUUCCAAACUGCCACCUGAUUAAAGGAAUUGCCACUGAAUUCUGUGUACCAUUAGCCCAGGACUCAGCUGGUGAAGAAGCGGGCUCUGAAGAUAUUGACAUACUUCCCAAUGGUCUGGCUUUCUUUAGUGUGGGUCUAAAAUGUCCAGGCCUCCACAGUUUUGCACCAGAUAAGCCUGGAGGAAUACUAAUGAUGGAUCUAAAAGAAGAAAACCCAAGGGCACUGGAAUUAAGAAUCAGCCGUGGAUUUAAUUUGGCUUUGUUUAAUCCACAUGGUAUCAGCACUUUCAUAGACAGUGAUGACACAGUUUAUCUCUUUGUUGUAAACCACCCAGAAUUCAGGAAUACAGUAGAAAUUUUUAAAUUCGAAGAGGAAGAAAAUUCUCUUUUGCAUCUAAACACAAUCAAACAUGAGCUUCUUCCAAGUGUGAAUGAUAUCAUAGCUGUUGGACCAGCACAUUUCUAUGCUACCAAUGACCACUAUUUCUCUGAUCCUUUCUUAAAGUAUUUGGAAACGUAUUUGAACUUGCACUGGGCAAAUGUUGUUUACCACAGUCCAGAUGAAGUUAAAGUGGUAGCAGAAGGAUUUGAUUCAGCAAAUGGGAUCAAUAUUUCACCUGAUAAAAAGUAUAUCUAUGUUGCUGAUAUAUUGGCUCAUGAAAUUCAUGUUUUGGAAAAACACCCUAAUAUGAAUUUAACUCAGUUGAAGGUACUCAAGUUGGAUACACUGGUGGAUAAUUUAUCUAUUGAUCCUUCCUCGGGGGACAUCUUGGUAGGCUGUCAUCCUAAUGGCCAGAAGCUCUUCGUUUAUGACCCGAACAAUCCUCCCUCAUCAGAGGUUCUCCGCAUCCAGAAUAUUCUAUCUGAGAAGCCUACAGUGACUACAGUUUAUGCCAACAACGGAUCUGUUCUCCAGGGAAGUUCUGUGGCCUCAGUGUAUGAUAGGAAGCUGCUUAUAGGCACUUUAUACCACAGAGCCCUGUAUUGCCAACUCUAAGUGUCCUUUUGCUAUGCAGGUGCGCUAGCUUCUCUUAACAAUUAAUUUUCUAUGAAUUGCUAAUUCUGAGGGAAUUUAACCAGCAACAUUGACCCAGAAAUGUAUGACAUGUAUAGUAAAUUUAUUUCAAUAAUGAAAGGCCCCCUUCAGUUCACGUAGCACUUUUAACAUAUAAAGAAAGUAAACAGUUUUUUUUAAAUGCUAAGUAAAGGUGAGAGAAGAAAGUUGCUUUUGGUAAAGUGAAUACACUAUGCACAAAAUAAGCCUCAUGUCUGCCUUCCAACUGCCAGAGCAUGAAUUCCACUGAAACAGGGUAGAUGAUAUUUCUUUAAAAUGUGAGUGAUCUCCGCUCCACCAGUGUGACCACUGUGACUCAGAACUACUGAUAGAUAACGUUUUGAUGUUUUGUACUUACAUCUUUGUUUACUAUUAAUAUGAAAGAGUUGGAGUUAUAUUAAAAACUAACUAAAAUCCAA